CGCAACUCCAUCCUCGCCCAUUGAGUCGACGCGCGCGCCACGGUCAACAUUUAAGAGCAACCUUUGCAACUCCACCCAUCCUUUAACUCCCCAAACACACCACCACCAUGUCCCUCGCUCGUGACCAGAUCCACAACUUCGCCGCUGGACCCAGCCCCCUCCCCCAGCCUGUGCUCGAGAAGGCCGCCGUCGGUCUGCUCAACUACGACGGCACUGGCAUUGGCGUCUGCGAGCUCAGCCAUCGCGGCAAGGAGUUCAAGGGCAUCAUCGAGGGUGCCGAGGCCAACCUCCGCAAGCUCCUCGAGAUCCCCGACAACUACGCCGUCCUCUUCUCCCAGGGUGGAGGCACCACCCAGUUCUCGUCCGUCUUCCUCAACCUCCUCGCCUACCGCCGCUUGAAGCACGCCAGCGACGCCAACUACGCUCCCCCUACCAUUGACUACGUGGUCACCGGCUCGUGGUCCUCCAAGGCGUACCAGGAGGCUGAGCGUCUCUCGAUCCCUCCCGCUCCCGGUGCUAAGCCCUUCGCCGAGCCCCGCAUCGCUGCCACCACCAAGCCGGCCAAGUUCACCACCCUCCCCAAGGCUGACGAGUACAACUUCUCUCCCGAGGCCGCUUACGUCUACUACUGCGAGAAUGAGACCAUCAACGGUGUCGAGUUCCCUCCCGCCGGCUCUCAGUCGCCCUACGCCUUCCCCUUCGACCGCGUUCCCGAGGGUGUGCCCAUCGUUGCCGACUACUCUUCGUCGUUCCUCUCGCGCCCUAUCCCUCAGAUUGAGCGCCACGCCAUCAUCUACGCUGGUGCUCAGAAGAACCUUGGCCCUCCUGGUGUCACCAUUGUGAUUGUCCGCAAGGACCUUCUCGUCGACACGACCGAGGCCAUGAAGCUCGGCGGUGUCCCUGCUGUUCCUAUCCAGAGCGAGUUCAAGACGCUCGCCGACAACAAGAGCUUGUACAACACGCCCCCCGUCUUCUCCAUCUACGUCUCGGCCCUUGUCCUCGAGUACCUCCUGGCCGAGCGCGGUGGCAUCGCCGGCAUCGCCGAGACGAACAGCGCCAAGGGCGACGCUCUCUACUCGGCUCUCGACGAGGCUGAGGCCAAGGGCAAGCUCCGUGUCGUUGUCAAGGAGAAGGACGCCCGCAGCUUGAUGAACAUCACGUUUGUGAUUGAGGGCGACCGCGAGAAGGAGUUCCUUGAGGGAGCUGAGGCUCGUGGAUUCCGCCAGCUCAAGGGCCACCGCUCUGUUGGAGGUAUCCGCGCCUCAUUGUACAACGCCGUUACUCUCGACUCUGUCAAGGCCCUCGCCGAGUACAUCAAGUCGUUCUAAAAGAAUGCUCCACCCUCAACGUGGUAGUAGUAGUUUUUGUUAUUGGAUGUGACUGGAUUAUGGGAUGUGUAAA